AUGAUUCAUAAGGACUGCGAGAGUCACGAGUUGUUUCAGUCGACCACUGCUUUCAUUGAAUACACGUUUAUGUCGGCAAUGGACUCCAAACACAAACAAUUGCUGAGUCCAGUCAUUGAAGACAAUACCAUUGCUCUGAUGAAUGUCUCGAAGACUAUUGAUAUGCGUUUGAAGUUAAGACAAGUGGAUGCAAAUGGGUUUAAGAGUGAUGUCCAGUUCAGACACAGUCCUCAUGGAGAGGACAAUGUGUUCGUCGCUCUGUUCGAUGACAACGACAUCGACUUCGAGAUUGGAUUCGAUAACAGAUCCAUUAAGCGAAGAAUGGCUUUCACUAUGACUUACGGCAAAGAGUAUGAAUACAUCAUAAGUGGUGGAUUGGCGAAACUCGUGGCACUGGAAACCAAUGGCAAUCACUUGAGAUUCUUGAGUCCCAACAAACCGAUGGCCAAUCUGGUGGUGGAUCUCGUGGCACAAAAAGCACAGAUCAGUCGCGAGAGCUCAGAGAUCCUGUGCUCACGGAUUGGGUUCGCUUUCGAGGCCGAGAAGAGACGACAGAAAGUGGACGACAACCGGAAGAUCACUAUUAAUAUCAGCCAAAUGAUGGGAAAGAUAAUUGAGAAAUUCAUUGCCGACGAAGACAUUGAGAUCAAGCCGUUUGUCAUUGAACUCAGAAUUCGAGACAAACACUCGCUUUCAUUCAAUUAA